AUAGUUAUUAGGCUACGUCAUUGCUUCACGUUUCACAACCAGGAAGUGACCAGGAAGCACGAAGCAGUGAGCAGGUUAAUGAGGAUGUGUUGCUCUAGCUGACUGGGGCUGAAAAUGUAAUACUUUUAUCUUUAAAUCAGGGCACCUUCCAUUGUUUUUUAAAUGUCCAGGGUGGACAACUCACUGCGUUUUGUUUGCAUUCGGGAGACCUAUUUAUGUGACGAGCGAAACAGCUGGUCAUGCAUUGUAUUCGUUCGGUGUUGUUUACAUUAUUCAUCUGCAGAAUUGUGACUGUGUGUGAGGCUUCCACCAGCCACCUAGCCUCAGGUCCAUCCCCAGCCCCUGCCUCAUCCACGAGCCCCAGCUCCCUCCUCUGCUCCAGCCAUGCCGUGCUGCCGUCCAAGCCCCUGGCUCUGCUCCCGCUCCUCAGCCUACACCCUGGCCCUGGGCCUGGGCUUCGUCACCCUGGGGACCAGCCGCAUCCUGCUGCUCAAGUUCUCCGUCAAUGCUGAAAACAAGUAUGACUUCCUCCCUGCAUCUGUCAACCUGCUGGCCGAGGGACUCAAACUCAUCUUCUGUCUGGUUAUGUCUCUCAGGGUGAUUAUAAACGAGGGUCGUUCGUGCAGAGAGCUGGGCUGUUCCUCUGGCCCCUCGUUGCUCAGCUUCAUGAAGUGGUCUGUUCCUGCCUUCCUCUACUUCCUGGAUAACUUAAUCAUCUUCUACGUCAUGACCUACCUGCAGCCUGCCAUGGCAGUUCUGUUCUCUAACUUUGUCAUCCUGACUACAGCCAUUCUCUUCAGGCUUGUGCUGAAGAGGCGCUUGUCUUGGGUACAGUGGGCCUCCCUUUUGAUUCUCUUCCUGUCCAUCGUCUCCCUGACGAUGGGUUCGGGGGGCAGCCAGCACGCCAUGGCGGUGCCGGGCCUCCACCCCAGCCCCCUGACCACACCGACAAACGGCUGCCUGCUCUACACCCAGCAACAAAGGAGCAACAGCAGCGAGUCCUCCUGGGUGUCGUCCCUGCCAGGGGAGGCAUGGCGAGGCAGGGUGUUGGCGAGGCUGCGCGCCCUGGGGAUGGGGCACGUCCUCCUGGUGCUCCAGUGCUUCAUCUCCUCCAUGGCCAACAUCUACAACGAGAAGAUCCUGAAGGAGGGAGACCAGCUCGGCGAGAGCAUAUUCAUACAGAACAGCAAACUGUAUGUGUUUGGCGUAGUGUUCAACGGGCUGACACUGACGCUGGGGAGAGAGGCCAGGGGUCUUACCGUGCACUGUGGCCUCCUCUACGGGCAUAACGUCUACUCCUUGGGCUUGGUGUUGGUCACUGCGGCCCUGGGUCUGUCGGUGGCCUUCAUCCUGAAGUUCCGAGACAACAUGUUCCACGUGCUGAGCGGCCAGAUCACCACCGUCCUGGUGACGGCCCUCUCGCUCUUCCUUUUCAACUUCCAACCGUCGCUGGACUUCUUCCUGCAGGCGCCCGUGGUGCUGCUCGCCAUCUUCGUGUACAACAGCAGCCACGCCGUCGACCCAGAGUACGCCCUGCAGAAGGAGAAGCUGCGCGUCGUCAACGGAGAGGUGUUCGAGAGGUCACGGGGGGUGAGGAGAGACAGAACCACGCACGCACGCACGCACACAAGCGGAUGGGGAGGAGCUGCAGAGGUUGACCAAGGCCAACACAGACAGCGAAUCAGAGGAGGAAUCUUUAUAGCACUUCCUUAUGGCAGCACUUCCGCUGUCGCUGCGAAUGGAAAUCCUGGUCUUGGACUGUGACAUCUCAAUCGAAAUUCUACUUGUGGUUGUGUGACAUCAGUGUGCUUGGUUGUAACAUCAAAAGCGACACAAAUAACCUUUUGUCACGAGAGCUUUUAUUGAACGUUUGUGCCUGUCUUUAUGAUUAUAAUGCUGGAUGAUAGUGGUGUCAAAUUUGACAUUGUAAUGACAUUUUAUUACUGCUCUGUACAGUUUAGGCUAAAUGAUAGCCCAUAUUUCUGAAAGGGUAUUAAUGUGGUGGGGGCUAAAAUGAUUCAUCUGGAAGAGUUCAUGUCGAGAGGAUGUUAGUCAAUUUUUUUUAUUAUUAUUUUUUAUCUGUGUUUUAUCAGUGUUUUGGGAACAUUAUAUUGGUGUGGAAGAAAGAUACUGCUAUUGAAAGAAGCCUUGUGUGUCUCCUGUGAUCACAAGAGUAGUGACUGGAUGGUGACCUUGACCUGAACUCUUAAAGGCUUAUCAGUGUUCAUGUACAGACAACUGAUUAUAUGGAAGCUGAGCAUCACAUCUCUGGGUUUAGUUUACACAUGAAAUGUCCAUCUGUUGUCUUCUACUAUUUGCAUUUGUAUUUAACCAUAAAGCUCCAGUAUACUUCUGCAGAGUAUUAACAGACAAUGGAAUUGUUAAUCAUUUAUACUAUAAAGAGUAUAUUAUUUAUAUAUACAUUGUGUAUAUAUAUAAUAUAGUUGUGAUCAAUGUACAGAAAGAUAAGUGUUAUCUUGAACUGAUGUUUUGCUAUUCUAACUGAAGUAACAGUAAGGAACAAUACCUUUACCGCUGAUUUUGCCAAUCUGAACGACUAUUAUCAGACAAUAAAUGCACUUUUCUGUGAAUGAAUAAUA